CACUUUAAGACAUAAAAUAGUUUACUCUUUUUUGUUGUUGAGUUAAGCAAUCACACCAACAGAAUAAGAAAAAGCAAAGAAAAAAACACAACAACAACAACAACAUUUGAAGCAGCUAACUAACGAAGUCAAAACAACUUUGAAAUGGUUUUACUGUGACAAAACAAAAUAAGGAUUCGAAAAGGAUUAGGGUUUAAGUGAUACAAGAAAGAAGAAAGAGGGAAAAAAAGUGAAUUUCAAAUGCCGGAAGAGGAUAUGGUUGACAUAAAGUUUAGGUUAUACGAUGGGUCUGAUAUUGGACCGUUCAGGUAUUCAUCUGCUGCAACUGUUGAUAUGCUUAAGCAAAGGAUUGUCUCUGAUUGGCCUAAAGUAGGCAAAACGGUUCUCCCUAAGUCAGCAAAUGAAGUGAAAUUGAUUAGCUCUGGUAAAAUCUUGGAAAACAACAAGAAUAUUGGUCAGUGUAAAGCACCAUUUGGUGAUAUUGCGGGGGGAGUUAUAAUCAUGCAUGUUGUUGUACAGCCAUCUCUAGCAAAAUCUAAAGCUGAAAAGAAGAUUGAUGAUUCACCCAAGAAGGUUGUGUGUUCUUGUUCAAUAUUGUGAAGACAGUUUGUGAGUUGGAGAUGCUUAUCCUUAAUUCAUCAAUCACUUGUGAACCACAGAAACCAUCUGCUUGGACAAAACCCUUCUAUUUUCAGCAUUCCUGUGUAAAGUACGUAUACAAGCAAUUAUAUAUUUAUAGAAAAGUUUGUGUUAAUGGAGACUUUUGAAGAUGAUGUCAGUCUUUUAUUACAACGUCUAAAAGGAUUGAAAACAAUGUAACCAUUGAUUGCUACCAUUAUGCAUGGUGUUUUCACUUCGCAUUUUCGAUGAUGUGCAUGAUAUCAUAUGCAUGUUUGGAUUCACGGUGUGCAUUUUGAUUUUAGUAAAAAUUACAUUUUUAGAGUUUCAACAAAAUUGUAGGGCAAUGUGUCUUUUGUCAAACUUGCCGAUACUCCUAUCAUACACUUAUGUAUCAUGGAAAAUGAAUAAAGUCUACUUGUUUA